AUGAAAUCGAUAUUCGAAACAGUUGACAACUCUUUUAGCUAUCAAUUUUGAACUGAAAUAUUUCCAAAGGAUCCAAAUGAAAUUUUAAACGUUGUAUAUAAAGGAAAACUUAUCGAGCUUAAUCAGAAGAGUGAAAUAAAUGAAGGUUUUUAUUAUUUGGCUGGUGAUUUUUUAUAUUUUUCAGACUCAGAAUAUCAGCCAGUCUGAAAAAAGUGCCUACUUUCCUGGAAAAUUAUUGAUCCAUUUAUCGAAGAAGGAUUGCAUGGUGUGAAAUACGGCUUCCAAAUAAGAAAAGGCGAGCAGAAAUUUGAUUUUUUCACAGACUCAAGCGAAGACUUAGACAAUUGGCUUCUCCAUUUAUCUAAGGUUGUCAUUAUGGUUGAAAUAGCUGACAACUAUGAAAUUAAAGGUAAACUAGGCAAUGGACGUUUUGGAUCUGUUUAUCUUGCAACAGAUCUAGACGACCAAACAUUUUUUGCUGUAAAAUCCAUCAGUAAAUCAGUUGUCCUUACUCCCCCCCCUCCGUGAGUGAACAAAACCAUUAGAAAAAUCGCUAUUUUUACCCAAAAACCCACCCUCCGUGAGUGAACAAAAAUUAUUUUAAUAAAAACAUUUUUGAUGGAAAAAAAUUUUGAUAUAUAAAUGAUAAUUAGUAUAAUGAAAUCUAGAGCUAAUUCUGUUUAAUUUUAAAUGAAUUGCUUUUUAAAACAUAAAUUUUAUAAAAUUAAAUUAAUAUUUGCUUUCCAAUUUUUGUGAAUAGGAUUUUUUUAAAUUUCGAAAAAAAAUAUUUUUUAUAAAAUUUAUAUAUAAAUUUUUUUUAAAAAAAAAAUAAAUUAACCCCCCUCCGUGAGUGAACAAAAUUUUUUUGUUCACUCACGGAGGGGGGGGAGUUAAGAAAAAUUUGGUUCACGAAUUAAUUAACGAAAUCGAAAUAAUGAGGAUGCUAGACCAUCCCAAAAUUGUUAAGCUUCAUAAAGUAUAUGAGUCAGAAACCCAUAUUCAUUUAGUUAUCGAUUAUAUGCCUGGUGGCAAUUUGCUAUCAAGGCUUGACUCUCUUUAUAAAUUCUCAGAAAAAGAAGCAUCUGCUCUUAUUAAAGAUCUUCUUGGAGUUUUAAAUUACUUAUCACAGAAUGGCAUCUUGCAUAGAGACAUCAAACUUGAAAAUAUUUUACUAGCAUCAGAAAGCUCAAACACAGAUUUUAAGCUGGCUGAUUUCGGCUUUGCUUGCAAAAUCAGCGAAGGUAUUACUCAGUUAUGCGGUUCGCCUGGGUACAUGGCUCCAGAAAUGUUGAAAAAGCAAGCAUAUGGCGGAAAAGUAGAUAUUUUCAGCACAGGCGUGCUACUUUUUAUCCUUUUGACUGGAAAAGCUCCUUUUUUAUGUAAAUCUUUAAGACAUACACUAGCAAAAAACAGAGAAUGCAUAUUUCAUUUUAGUCACAAGCACUGGAAACAUAUUUCAAAUCAAGCUAUAAACCUUGUAAGUGGUUUGCUGCAAGCUAAUCCUUUAGAAAGGCUUAGCUUAAGACAGGCCCUUUGCCAUGAUUGAUUUUCUAUGCAAGCCAACACAAAAGGAAGAAAUUCAAAGCAUAAUGAAAAAGUCAAAACUGUAGUAAAAAAUAUUAAAGAAAUUGCUAAAGAAGAUGUUUUGGCUCACCAAAAUAAAUUUUAUUUUAAAAAAAAUAGUGAAAUAAUAGAAAACAAUUGUGCGAUUGCUAGUAUUGCUGAUGAAAUGAGCAACAAUGAUGAAGAUUUAACACAAAAAACAACACGAAUUAUGCUGUAA